AUGGAGAUUGCAUUAGACAGAGCCAACGAAGCCAAACAGGUCACGCGCAAAAAGGGUGGACUCAAGGCCAUUCCCUUCAUCAUAGCAAAUGAGAUAUUGGAGAAAGUUGCUGCGGUCGGGCUACAGCCAAAUAUGAUCCUGUAUUUGAUUAAUAAGUAUCAGUUCAAUGCCGCUUCAGGUGCGAAUGUCCUCUUCUUGUGGUCGGCCAUAUCAAGCUUCAUGCCCGCUCUAGGCGCUUUUCUUUCCGACUCUUACUUGGGUCGGUUCCGCGUCAUCGGGUUCGGAUCAGUCAUCAGCCUUCUUGGCAUGACCCUGUUGUGGUUGACAGCCCUUCUCCGAAAUGCCAGGCCUCCGCCGUGCGACCCAAGGAGCAAACCGUGCGAUUCCUCAACUUCCGCGCAGCUCCUGCUUCUGUUUUCUUCUUUCGCCCUUUUGUCAAUCGGGGCGGGCGGAAUCAGAUCCUGCGCACUCGCGUUCGGAGCAGAUCAGAUUGACAAUCCCAAUAACCCCAAGAACAGGCGGAUCUUGCAGACGUUCUUCAACUGGUACUACGCGUCGGUUGGGGUUUCGAUCAUGAUCGCGGUGACUGUCAUAGUCGGCAUCCAGGAUUCGCACGGUUGGGUGAUCGGGUUUGGGGUCCCAGCAGGGCUAAUGUUUAUCUCAGUUGUGAGCUUCUUCUUGGGCUCUUCACUCUAUGUCAAAGUGAAGGCAGACAAGAGCCUCUUCGCUGGCCUGGCUCAGACCGCAGUAGCUGCCUGGAAAAAGAGGCACUUGGAGUUGCCCAACGUGAGCCUUGGUGCAAUCUAUUACCAUCACAAGGGCUCCAAAGUUACUGCACCAAGCGAGAAACUGAGGUUCCUAAACAAGGCUUGCCUCAUAAACAACCCUGAGAAGGACCUGGACUCCGAUGGAUUGGCCAUUGAUCCGUGGAGACUCUGCACAAUCAAGCAAGUCGAGGUGCUCAAAGCCCUGAUCCGAGUCCUUCCCAUAUGGUCCACCGGCAUCAUGAUCUCCGCGACCAUAAGCCAGGGCGCAUUCCCGGUCCUCCAGGCAAGCACCAUGGACCGACGCUUCCUCUUCGGCAUCACAAUCCCGCCAGGUUCCUUCAUCAUCUUCGGCCUCCUGACCCUCAUGAUAUGGGUCGGGAUCUACGACAGGAUCCUCGUCCCUCUAGUCUCGAGGCUGACCGACCGGCCCUGCGGGCUCACCUUCAAGGAAAGGAUGGGGAUCGGGCUCUUCAUCUCCUGCGUGAGCAUGUUCAUGUCGGCUGCCGUGGAGCGCAGGCGGCGAGCUGAGGCGAUCCGGGCAGGGUUCGCCGAGGACCCACAUGGGGUCCUGAAGAUGUCAGCGAUGUGGCUUGUCCCGCAGCAUUGCUUGGCCGGGCUGGCGGAGGCAUUCAACGUGAUCGGGCAACUCGAGUUCUACUACUCCAAGCUUCCCAAGAGCAUGGGAAGCAUCGCGGUGGCUCUUGUCGCCCUGGGAGUGGCGGUGGGCAACCUUGCGGCGAGCCUGAUCCUGAGCGUAUUGGACCGCCUGAGCAGGAGCGGCAGGGACGGGACAUGGAUCUCCACGAACGUGAACAAGGGUCACUACGACUACUACUACUGGAUCCUGGCGGUCUUGAACGUGAUCAAUUUCUUCUACUACCUGGUAUGCGCCUGGGCUUACGAGGGUGGCGAGGAGCGACAGGUUUGGGACGAGGAUGAACCGGAGGAUGAUGCUUGA